AGGCCACCCUCGACUCCUCCUCUUCGACAACCUUUCAAACCCGCAUGGCAGCCUCGUAACACCCAUCACAUCACACUCAUCAUGCCCGGCGCCCCGCCAAGCUGGUUCCCGCAAGGCCACGGCCGCGGCCGCAUCCGCCUUGCCGACAACGACGACAACGAGCCAAAGGACGAGGCGACCGAGCUCGUAGACGUCGACCACCAGCCGCGAGUCCGACGGCCGUCAGCGACCAUCGUGUCCAUGAUGUCCGACGACGACGCCGGGCCCGCUGCUGCGCCCCGCCCGUCGAGGUAUCAUCUCCCCCACUCGCAGCCGCGCGCCGCGCUGGGCCAACACCCCGCCGAAGCGGGCGAGGUCUACUCCAUGCACCCGACCGCUGCGAUGCCGCCGCGCCGCUCGGCGCGCUUCCAGCGUGCGCUGCAGCUCGAGCGGACGUCGUCGCGCGCCUCGAGCGUCAGCCUCGCCGAGGAGGGCGAGGCCGCGCCCUUGCUAGAGGAUAACCCCCCGCCGAGGUGGUACCAUGGCCCGCUGUUCGUGGCCACCGUCAAGCUCAGCAUCCUGUUCGCCGUGUUCAGUAUCCUCGUCCUCGGCACCUUCUGGUUCGGCAUGCCCAAAGUCGAAGAAGAGGACCGCCCGGCUCUCAAGCUCCCCCGCAGCUUUGCAGACAUCCAGGCGCUCAACAAGCUGUUCCAAAAGUACAAGGAGAAGAACCCGACACGGCUUCUCUUGUGUGGCGUGGUGUCCUAUCUUUAUGUCCAAGCAUUCUCCCUCCCGGGAUCCAUGUACAUCUCGAUCCUGUUCGGCGCUGCCUACGGUAUCUGGUACGGUCUUAUCCUCUCGUGCCUCUGCGAGGCGACCGGCUCAAUCCUGUGCUACACGCUUUCCGCGAUCCUCGGCCCCCCGCUGCUCGAGAUCCCCUUCUACCGCAAGAAGCUUGAUGUGUGGCGCAAGAAGAUUAUGGGCGACGAGGCGGCCGGUACAAAGGUCGGCAAGGACAGCAUCUUUGCUUUCCUUGUUGUGCUCCGUAUCAUGCCCCUCCCGCCGCACUGGAUGGCAAACUUUGUCGCGCCACACCUCGGUAUCGGCAUUGUGCUCUUCUGGUGCGCCGUCUUUGUCGGCAUCGCCCCAUUGUCCGUCAUCCACGUCAUGGUCGGCUCGUCCCUGGACCAAAUGACGAGCGCCGAUGACUUCCAGAUCAUCUCGGUGCGCAAUGUGCUCGGACUUGUGGCGGUCGCCAUCGCAGUCAUGAUCCCGAUUGGCCUGAAGCGUGUCUUCAAGACCGACCUGUCCGACCUCGGGCCCGACGAGCAGGUAGUGGUAGAGGAGACGACGCUGGAGGCUGUCCAGCCCGUACCUGUCGAGUUUGAUGCCAGCGGCCGCCCGACCGGCUACCAAGCAGUUGACUCGGGCAUCGUGCUCGCCGGUCCGUCGGAAGGCGACCCCAACUUGAUCAACAUGGACAGCAACCAGCCGGGCAAGGGCAAGGCUCGGUCAACGGCGCGUCUGGUCGACAUUGAGGGCUACGAAGCAGACUACGACCUGCCGACAUCCGCCCCUGCUUCCCCGCCACCUUUCGACCCCUCGCGACCACGCCCCCUCUCUGCCAAGGGGUAUGGCACGAUCGCGCAAACCAUGGAAGAGGAGGACGAGGUCGACGCCGGCCGCACAAAGUGGUGGCACUUUGGCAGCUCGCGUUUGAAGAUCUAGCCAUCUAGCCUACUGUAUUAUCUGCCACUGUAGACAAGAGACUGUAUGCUACACUAAUGCUGCGAUAA